ACAAUUUAUACAGAGGUGGGGAUGGACAAAGGCAUUCUGGUUCAUGUGAGAGAGGAACAGCACUUCAGAGAGAGCCUUGCUGUUUGAACUGUAGGAUUUUGGCAGGUGUAACUAUGAGGAAGAUACUGUGGGCAGGGCUCACCAUUUUGCUGAAUCUGCAGCUUGUUUCUGCCUACAAAAUUGUGUGUUAUGUCACUAACUGGGAUCAGUACAGGGAAAAACCAGCCAAAUUCACACCAGAAAAUAUCGACCCAUUCCUGUGUACCCAUGUGAUAUUUGCUUUUGCUGGGAUGGACAACAACCAAAUUAUCACUAAAGAGUGGAAUGAUGAAACACUCUACGGACAGCUUAAUGCUUUAAAGCACAGAAACAGCAAGCUGUUGACAUUGCUGGCUAUUGGAGGGGGAACCUUUGAGAAUCAGAAGUUCACCACUAUGGUGUCAUCUCCGACAAAUCGCCAGGCAUUCACCACAUCAGCAAUAACCUUCCUCCGCAACUAUGGCUUUGAUGGUCUAGAUCUUGAUUGGGAAUAUCCAGGUUCCAAAGGUAGCCCCCCAGAGGAUAAGCAUCACUUCACAAUCUUGACCGAGGAAUUGUCAGCAGCUUUUAAGGAAGAGGGGGAAAGAACCAGUCGUCCACGGCUGCUGCUUUCUGCAGCCGUAUCUUCCAGCAAACACACCAUGGAUGCUGGAUAUGAAGUUGCAGCCCUUGGGAAGAGUCUUGAUUUUAUCAAUGUGAUGACCUAUGAUUUCCAUGGAAGUUGGGCACCUGUAACAGGACACAACAGCCCCCUCCAUAAGGGCUCCCAAAGCUAUGACCCAGUUCCUUUCUACAACUGUGAAUAUGCCAUGAAAUAUUGGAAGGACAAUGGAGCCCCACCUGAAAAACUCAUGAUGGGAUUUCCAACAUACGGACGAACUUUCAAACUAUCUGGUUCAAAUACUGGAAUUGGUGCUCCAGCCUCUGGUGGGGGCUCUCCUGGUGUCUACACUAAAGAAUCUGGUAUCUUGGCAUAUUACGAGGUGUGUACAUUUUUAUCAGGAGCUACCAAAGGGUGGAUUGAAGAACAGAAAGUUCCUUAUGCUUUCAAAAAUGGAGAAUGGGCUGGAUAUGAUGAUGAAAAGAGCUUUCAGUUAAAAGCUGAAUUCUUGAAACGGGAACAUUAUGGAGGUGCUAUGGUUUGGACUCUUGGCAUGGAUGAUUUCUCAGGCACUUUCUGUGGUCAAGGAGCCAAUGUCCUUGUUAAUAAACUAAAGGAAGUCCUAGGAAACUGAGUUCAUGAAGAAUCCUGACAAGCAACCUGACGAACUGAGUGAAUCUUGAGCCGAUUCAAACAUCUUGCAUUUUGGGAUUUUGCAUGCAUUUUAAGUACUACAGUAUAAGAUCUGAAACCAAGACCCGUUCAUCUCUGUUGCACCACAUAUUACCUGUUACUAUCAAGGAAUGGCUAGAUGAGGAUACUAGCAUGGCCUAUGGGGAUAUAGUAAUUUAGGUCUGAGGUCUCCAGCAUAUGCCCUUCUCCACAUACAAUGUUCCUCUGCUUGAGUUAGCUGCAUAUUCUGUUUUUAUUCUUUUACUUCUAGUCAGAUUAUCAAGACUAUGAGUCUGUAGAACUUGAAAAGUACAUGGUUUCAUGUGACUGUUUUGAUUAUGAACUUUGCUCUGAAAAAUAUAAAGGAAUCUAUUUUAAUGGACCGGAUUAUCAAUACUGCAUUCAU